AUGGCAACCUAUACCAACCUCGACCUUGUGAAGCAAUGCGAUAAAUUUCCGUACGCUCAGAUGGAGCCUGAUGAGUACGCCCAAAAGAUCGCGGGAUAUUACAAGUUCCAUGUGGAAGGAUGCGAUUCGGUGCUCGGUUUUAUCCUUCCGUCCACCGCCCGCGGGUUCCAAUGGCCGGAUUUCUGGAGAGUGGACCACGAAGAGAAGACCGUGUUGCUUUGUGGCAAGACGCUCAAGGAAAGGGAUGAACACGUUGCCAGAACGCUUGCAGCAGAGCGCGAACGCUCUCACUUCAAGGUCCUCCAGGGAUGGCGGGAUGAGCUCUACCCUGUCUAUGGCCCGGACCGAAGCAUACUCGUCAAUAUCGAACGUGCGGGUAGCGCCUUGUUCGGGAUCGUAGUGUACGGAAUCCACAUGACUGGAUACGUCAAGACGGAGGACGGCCUCAAGAUCUGGGUGCCUCGUCGAGCCAAGAACAAGCAAACCUAUCCUGGUAUGCUUGAUAACACAGUCGGCGGCGGCCUCACAAGCGGCGACAAACCAUUUGAGAGCAUCGUGCGAGAGGCUGCCGAGGAGGCCUCGUUUCCCAGGGACUAUGUGCUGAAGAAUGCCAAGUCAUGUGGUACCGUCAGCUAUUUCGACAUUCGCGAUGAGCGAGCAGCACCUGGAGCAGAGAUUGGGCUGCUGCAGCCUGAAUGCAUGUACGUCUAUGAUGUUGAAGUCCCUGAGGACUUUGUACCACGUCCAGAUGACAUGGAGGUAGAAGACUUUCGUCUCUGGGGCAUCCCUGAGAUACAGGCUGCUUUGAGGAGGGGGGAGUUCAAGACAAAUUGUGCCCUGGUGCUGCUUGAUUUCUUUAUUCGCCAUGGCAUAGUCACGCCUGAAGAAGAGGGGGACUACGUUGAGAUUGUCGCAAGACUUCACAGAAAGCUCGAGUUUCCGUGCGCUUGA